UGGCGGAGGUGGGGAAGACGCCCCUGACUUGGAUACUCUAUAUUGAGAGCACGAGGAAGACGCCCCCGAAUUCGGAACUCCGAUUGGCCACAGGCAUGGCCGCAGCCCCACCCACUCACUGAGGAAAGUAAAUAGGACUCUGCAAGAAUUUUCAGCAGCGCCAGCACAUCCACAGCGCGAGGGGGUGUGGCUAGCCCUGGGGGCGGGGCUACGGAAGAUUACCCUAUGGGGCGGGGAAACGAGACAGGACAGAGGGUUGGGGAAUAGGGUUUCUCUCUGGGGGCGUGGCUUAUGGACCCUAGCUUUCCCGCCGACGGUUGGCAACGUCACGUGACAUGGGUUGGAAGAUGGCGUCUCCCACAGACGGGGCAGAUCUAGAAGCAUCUUUGCUAAGUUUUGAAAAACUUGACCGUGCUUCACCAGACCUUUGGCCAGAACAACUACCAGGUGUUGCUGAAUUUGCAGCUUCUUUCAAAAGUCCCAUUACUAGCUCCCCACCCAAAUGGAUGGCUGAAAUAGAACGCGAUGACAUUGACAUGUUGAAAGAACUGGGGAGCCUCACCACAGCUAAUUUGAUGGAGAAGGUACGAGGCCUUCAGAACCUAGCCUAUCAGUUGGGGCUGGAUGAGUAUGCAGAAACAGAGGCCUAAAGAUAAUAGGUGACUUGCCUAAGGACAGCCACACAGCUCAUUAGUGACAGAACCAGGAAUCUGAAUCAUAUCUCAUGAAGCAGUAAAGGCAAGUAUUGUUUUUGAGCCUAUGUUUCUUACAUAUAUUUUCUCACUUAAUUCUCACUACUCUUCUGCUUUUAUUCCCAUUUGAGGUUCAAAAAACUUAAAUCCUUUGCCCAGUCACACACCUAGUUAUUUGCAAAACUGGGACUAGAAUCCAAAUAUUCUGAUUCUUUAUCCAGGGGUAAUAAUGCCUCUUAGAGUUAAUAGUAGAUAUGUUUCAUGGCUUCUUUGAAAUAUUCAUUUGAUAAAAUAUGAUUUGCCCCAUAGGGAGCUUAUAAAUAAAAUUCUGCCUGUAUUUAGCAGUUCUUAUUUUGAUGCUGGACACCAGUCUGGCAGUGAACUAAAAGAAAUUUUCCAUUGUAAGCAAAAGCUGGUCAGAAACCACAUCUAACGCUUAUUGAGUGAAUAGAAUUGAGAUCCAUGAGCUAGAUAUGACCUAAGUUUUGUAUGGCAGUGAUAUCUGGGUUGAAACUCUUAGUAUAUUUUAGGAUUAUUUUUAUUCCAUGGAGAAUAAAAUCUUAAUAUAUAAAUUGAAAAUGACAUUUGGGUUCUCUGAAGUGUAAAAUGGAUCUCAAAUCAUCAAGGGGUCAAAUAGGAACAAAAUCGAAACCAUGUCAAUUGCAUCCUCCAUAUCUCCAAAAAAGCCUAUUAACCUUCAUUUCUUGACAGGGCUCAGAAUUUCAAAAUCAUAUUAGAGCUAAUUUGGUUGAGGCUCCAUCCUAUAGAGAUGCACAAAGAUGAGUACUGUCUUGUGUAUACACCAGUUUUUUGUUGACACUGUUGGUUCAUUCAGUUAUGUGGAAGUUAGUUGGUAAAAUCUGUGUUUUUCAUUUCUACAUUCCAGACAGAUCUUGUGUUUGGGUUGAUGUUCUCUUAAACUGGCUAGUUUCAUGUAGGUAAGUUAGGGAAAGCAGAGGAGUGCCGCAUGUGAUAGAAUCUUUCUUUUUUUUUCCUUCAUAGAGGCUUAUUGAAGAGAGGGGCCAACAAUUAACUCACAUUAUUCUAGUCUUCAGUAGUAGGGAUCUGUUAAGCCUUAUUAUUUAAGAAAUAGACAUUAUUUUUUAUCACUGGCAUUUUCUUGAUUUACUUUAUUGGAACAAGAGUUGAACAUUAAUUAAGACUUCUAGUUUCUGGUAGAGUUGGAGGUUUGGGGUUUUUUUGACUUUUUUUUUUCUUUUUUGUUUUACUCUUCCCUCUUAUAGUCUUUGUCUCUGCAAGAAUGUAAAAACAAGGGUUGAGUAGUUGAGGGAAGUGGUAUAGCCAAAACCGUACCUUUUUUAAGGUCCUGCAGAGGUGGUUACAUGAGAGUAUAGAGCAUUAAUCCAGUCCACUCUCCACAAACAGGUAUCACCAGAAGUAAUUCUUAUUCUUGUAUCAAACAAAAUAGUCCUUUAAAAUCUCCUUUGGAAUGUUGAAAAGAGAUCAAAUGAAACCUUCAGAAUGGUUAUUUAUAGGGGAAGAAGUCUCCAAUUUCAUUCACCCAUUGUAGCUCCACUUUCUCAUUUUAAUGCUCAGUCCACAGUGGCGAUGGUAAAAGAUGUCCUGUAUCUGCAGAGACGGCAGUGGGAGAGGGGACAUCACCUUUCCGUUUAUUGCUUGUUGUGAUUUGGCCUGUUCACAGACAGAAUUGCUGUGUGGGUGCUACUAGUGGAGAGUGAAGGAAAUCAAGGUAGCAGCAAGAAAUCAGCAUUUACACAUGACUCGUGAAUUGGCUAAUUUUUUUACCAUGCAGUUAGUUAAGAAAUGAUUACAGCCUGAGGAGUCAUGACCUCAACUUUUCAUCAGCUCCAUUGGAUUGUGCCUCAGUUUGGAAAUGAAGGAGGUAUGCAGGAAGUUUUAAUUGUACCUGUGUGAUUUAUCCCUAGUCAGCUCUUUAAUUUCUUCUGGCUGUCUGAGGUUUCCGACAUGCUGUAAAUUUCCCCAACUUUUUCAUUAUCUGCAAUUUCUUUAUGACUCGUGAAUCGGAGUGGAGAGAGAGUGUGGAUUUACAGCAGAGAUAAACAUGUCCAUAAAGUCUGUAUCUGUGUCAGUAAUUGUACUGCUGUCAGUGACUGUCCUGUUUUACAGACCUCUCUUGGGAAAGGAACCGGCCUCACUACCAGCAGCACUGAAGUGCUUGCUUUGAUUUGCAUUAACUUUCUGGGAGAUUAGGUAGGAAAAGGUGGAAUAGGAAUUGAUACUGGACCUUGGCCUCUCUUGUUUGUUCGUUCGUUUAAGGUAAAUGGCUUUAAGGUGUUGAAAAUGGAACAUAAACAGUGUUCAUUUCCUAAGUGAAAAAGCAACUUGUAUUGAGAUGGCAGAUGUGAAAAAGCCUUUCUAACUUCAUUUAAUACAGUGAUUUAAGAUGAUUUUCCUUUUCUUUCACUAUUGUUAAUUAAACUUGGGUCUUUUUUCUUCUUCCUGGUUUCCUUUCUUAGAAUUAAAACACAGGAUUUCUCUUUUAGAACAUUCAUUCCUCUUUAAGAGUAGGUUGGCCAGAGUUCUGAUACUGACUGCAUCUGCCAUGUUUUAAUUCUCAACUGUUAAUGGCUCUUUCCUGACAACUUGAAGUGGUAUGCCCUCAACCAUUUGCCAUGAGAAAGGAAGUCUUAAAAGAAGAGAAAUUCUUCAUAUUCCUUUUUGUAAAGACCCUUCAGGAAUUCUUUUAAACGAAAUGGAGAAGCAAACACAUACUUUUUGAAAUUUGAUGUUUGAGCAGAUCCCUCAAGAAUCAAAACUGUCCUUGCAUAUCCUGAGACUUCUGCAAGGUAGUUUAAAAGAGUAGUAGGUGGCAGUACAGUUUAACAAAGAGAGGAUAACAUGCAUGAUAAAUCCCAACCUUUAGACAGCUCGUGAGUCCAAAUAGUAUGGAGAGUUAUCUCAUUGAUAACUUUUAUCACCUUUAACUUCUCUUCCUUCUUCUGCUUGCAUUCUUUUUGCCAUCUUUCUACCAGUAGAUGGGAGAGAGAAGAUCAAAGUGGAUGAUAUGAUACAAAAUUGUUUGGCUUUUUUCCAGAAGCUGUGGUGAAAAGUAUGGUUAGAGAAAAUUAUGGCUAAAAUGAAAUUUGAAAUUAUCAGGGGUUUUAAUUCCUUAUCUGGGUUUUAAUUCCUUAUCUCUCCUCUUGCCGUGAUGGAGUUUCUUCUUACUCAACAAGGGAUAAAUACUUUCUUUGGGUGAGAGAAGUAAUCUACUCAGACCCAUUCAGUUGUCAGUAAACUAGUCCUUCUUUAGAAUGAGGACCCUUUGGAGUUCUUGUUUUGGCUCAUCAGUAAUGAACCAGGCUAGUAUCUGUGAGGAUGUGAGUUCAGUCCCUGGCCUCGCUCAGUGAGUUAAGGAUCCGGUGUUGCCUAGACCUGUAAUGUAGGU